AUGGAUUAAGAAAUAAACCAUUUCAAUUUACCUGAUAUAAGAGAUAUGGAUGAUUCAGAUGAUUAAGAAGAUUAUAAUCCAUUUAUUUAUCAUCAUUAAUAAGAAGGAUAUCAUUCAUUUGAAAAAAUAUUUUAGAAUCAUUUUGAUAUUGUAAAUAAUAGAUGGAUUACAAUACCAAGAUCAAAAAUCUAUUUACUUAGAUCAGCUAUGCAUAAAUUAAAAAAAUGGAUACUUUAUAUAAGACAAGAGCAUCAUAUGAUUAAAUCUAUUGUUAAAUAAAAUGAUGAUCUAAAGACUCAAUUAAAAAAGAACCAAGAAUAAUAUUCUAAUCAUUAUCUUGUUGAAUAAUAGAGGACAAAUCAAGUAUUUCUAAAUAAAUUAUUACUAAGUUGUAUGAGGAAAUUAGGAAAAUAAGAUAGGAGUUAAAAGAUAAAGUCAUAUAAAUGAAUGAUCAAAUUUAAUAACUUAAAGAUAUAAUUGCUGAAAAAGAUAAAAAGAUUUAAAGAUAAGAAUUAACAAUAUAAAGAUUAAAUGAAGUAAGUAAUGGAUAUGAAAAUCAAAAUAAAGGUUUACAAUAACAAAUAAAUAAUCUCUAAAAAGAUUUUACAUUUUUUAAUAAUAUAAAAAGGUAAGGCUUCAUAGAUGAAAAAGCAUUAAUUGGUGGUAGUAUGACAACUUUUGAGUUGAUUUUAGCAUCAAAAGUUAAAAGUAAGAUAUUAUAAUUUCUGUCCUUAAAGGAUUAUCAAAGUCUAAUGAUUUGUAAUCGUAAACUCUAUCUUUCUUUAAUAUCGCAUAAUACAAUAAUUCCACAUGCAAUAAAUUCCCUCAGUUCCAAAUUAAAUCAUUAAUACAAGUUAUUACAAAGUGUAAAUGAGGAAUUCAAAGUAUUCAAAUUAAAAACAUCAUAUAAUAGAGUGUUAUUAAAUAGAGUGAUGAUCCAAAACUUAGAGAAAUCAUGAUAAAGUAAUUUGAAUUAAAAGUUAAUUUCUCUGAAUAUAUUAUUCCUACUUUACGUGAAUGUUAAUCUUUAAUAGAUGGUGAUAAUUUUAUAGGUUUAAAGAAUAAUUAACAUAAUAAAGAUUGUAAAAUAAAUAUCAUUUAAACUUCUAGUGAUGGAUUUAUUAGAGGGUUAUUUAACUUAAUAAUCAUAAAGUUAUUAAGCAGCAUUAUAGAGUCUGGUAUAAGAGAAAUUUCCUUGGAAUUAAUUCUUUCCAAAACCCUAAUCUACUAUUUAAUAAGUUUAAUUAUAGAGAAAAUAAUUUCCAACAUCUUCAUAAAUGUUUGCUUAAUAAAUCAUCACUAGAUUGUAUGAUCUGAGUACAGUGUGUGCUCAAGAUUCUUCAAUAUUUGGGAUGUUUUUAUCAUAAUUAUAACGAUGUUUAGCAUCAUUAUUUGUUUAUGGAUAACAUUUGACUUAAGAAGCAAAUGAUUUACAGUCACUUAAUUAUUAUAUUAUGACAAAAUUUUUCUUUCUGUUAAAAGAAAAGAAAUAAAUUGAAGAUAAAUAUGAAGAUUUUAAAACUUAAUUAGGAUUAUAUUCUGAUGCAAAAAGAUUUUUAAAGUAUAUUUAUUAUAUAAUAUUUAAUAUAGUGAAAAAGUAAAAGAUUUAGAAAAGAUUAUAUUAGAUAAAAAUGAAAAAAUAAGUAGUUUGAAUCAAUAAAUUUAUAUGAAGGAAAGUUAAUUAAAAUAAAACUAAAUUAUGGUCUAAAAAAAUAAUGAAUCUAUUAGAUUGUAUUAAGAUAAACUUAAAAUCCUGGCCAGAGAAGUUAUGGAAGUAAGAAGAAAAUAUAAAAAUACAUGUGUGGAAUAUAAUUAAAUAGUAUCAAGGUUUAAUUUAUUAAAAAUUUAAUUAGAAAAAAUGGAAAUGCAUUAAAAAAAUUGA